AUAAAAUUCCAACGGCAGGCAGCUCGUAAGUCGUAACCUCUCUGCUGCCUGCUACUUUUUAUCUGACUUUCCCAUUGACGCUUCGCUGUAAAACCCUAAAAACAAAUACUUUUCUCUUACACUCGCUUCACCUCCAUCAAUGGCGGCUGCUACUAAUUUCUCUCACUCGCCCUUCAUUUCUAAAACCCUAACUCACUCUCUAAACCAUAACCCACUUCCCAAAAACCCAACUUUGCCUUUCAAACUCUCAAAAAGCUACUCUCUCAAGGCAGUUAUAUCCCAGCAAAACCCUGCUACAGCCACAACACAGAAAACGCAGUUUAAGCAUUGUUUUACAAAAUCCCAAGAUGGAUUUCUCUACUGUGAGAGCCUUAAGGUUCAGGAGAUUAUGGAGAGUGUUGAGAAGAGACCAUUUUAUUUGUACAGUAAGCCACAGAUUACUAGAAAUGUUGAGGCUUAUAAGGAUGCUUUACAAGGAUUGAGUUCUAUCAUUGGGUAUGCUAUUAAGGCUAAUAAUAACUUGAAGAUUUUGGAGCAUUUGAGAGGGUUGGGUUGUGGUGCUGUUUUGGUUAGUGGUAACGAGCUUAGGCUGGCUCUCCGUGCCGGUUUCGAUCCCACGAGGUGUAUUUUUAAUGGAAAUGGGAAGCUGUUGGAUGAUUUGGUUUUAGCUGCUCAAGAAGGUGUUUUUGUUAACGUGGAUAGUGAAUUCGAUUUGGAAAAUAUUGUGGCUGCUGCUAGAAUUGCUGGCAAGAAGGUUAAUGUUCUACUUCGGAUCAACCCAGAUGUUGACCCUCAGGUCCAUCCUUAUGUUGCUACUGGGAAUAAGAACUCGAAAUUUGGUAUUAGAAAUGAGAAGCUGCAAUGGUUUCUGGAUGCUGUGAAGGCACACCCUAAUGAGCUGAAGCUUGUGGGGGCCCAUUGCCAUCUUGGAUCAACCAUCACCAAGGUGGACAUAUUCAGAGAUGCUGCAGCUCUUAUGGUUAACUACAUUGAUGAAAUCCGAGCCCAGGGAUUUGAAGUUGAUUACUUGAACAUUGGAGGUGGUUUGGGUAUAGAUUAUUAUCAUUCUGGUGCUGUCCUUCCUACUCCAAGAGAUCUCAUUGACACUGUUCGUGAACUGGUGCUCUCACGAGAUCUCAAUCUCAUUAUUGAACCUGGGAGAUCUCUCAUUGCAAAUACUUGCUGCCUGGUGAACAGGGUCACUGGGGUUAAAACUAAUGGAACAAAAAAUUUUGUUGUGAUAGAUGGAAGCAUGGCUGAACUUAUCCGCCCUAGUCUUUAUGAUGCUUAUCAACACAUAGAGCUUGUUUCUCCUGCGUCACCCAGUGCGGAAGUUUCAACUUUUGAUGUGGUUGGUCCUGUCUGUGAGUCAGCAGAUUUCCUGGGAAAGGAUAGAGAACUUCCAACUCCUGCUAAGGGAGCUGGUUUGGUUGUUCAUGAUGCAGGUGCUUACUGUAUGAGCAUGGCGUCGACAUACAAUCUCAAGAUGCGCCCUCCUGAGUACUGGGUUGAAGAUGAUGGAUCAGUCUCCAAAAUUCGACAGGGAGAGACAUUUGAAGACCAUAUUCGGUUCUUCGAGGGUCUUUGAUUGCAGACUGUAACCAUUUCUGCUGAGGCAAUUAGACCUAAUUUUUGCCUCUAUCGUGUAAUCUGCAUAUCCCACUCUGCUGGUUAUUAUGUAGAAUCCAGAUAUUCAAUUAGCAGCUGCAUUGUUGUCAAAAUCGUCGGUUUACUCGUAAUAUCAGUAAAAUAAUGAGUUUGCGAGUUUACUA